AUGAUAUGGUGCACUUUUUUUGUUUUACAAAUAGGACUAUUAAAAAUAGCAGAAGUUUUUUCAAGCAACCCAAAUGAAAAACAUUUUAUUUAUAUUAAUUAUAUGCUAGUUGCAUAUGUAUUUUUGGCACCAUUGUCAUCAUCACUUUUAUUUACUUCUGCUUUAUCAUGGAUAAAAUGUAUUUAUUUUAUAUACUCCUUGGGACUAAUAACCUCUAUUAGAAUAAGAGAAUUAUUUUUUAUUUGUUUAAUUACAUUUUCAUGUGGGUUUAUACGUUUUUAUUAUAGUUUCGCUGAUUCAACUGUUGUUUUUUGCUUCAUUAUAUUAUUAGCAGUGCACCUUUCUAUACCUAUUAUAGCUCAUAUUGUAUUAUAUUUUUUGGCUAAACAAGUAGCUUAUAUUAAGCAAAAACCAUUACGAGCUUUUGAUAAUAUUGAGUCAUAUUUUCAUGAGCUGGAGAAGCGAGCCAUUUUGAUAAGAAACAAUUUGAUAUAUUGCCAGCAAAAUAAUAUCAGUGUAGACAUAUUAGGAAACAAUUUAUUUGAAUAUGAAGUAAAUGACGGAAUAAAAAAAAUAAAGACAGUAAACAAAGUUGGAUUAUAUUCAUAUGAAUCUGAAUGUAGUUUAAAUAAAAUUCAGUGCGACACACCUUUUGAUGUUAGUGAUGUAAAUUACUCGAGUUUUCAUUCAUUUCAUAUCGAAAUGGAAAAAGACGCUUUUCAAAAUGAAGAAAGAUUUAUGAAUACAAAAAAAAAUACAAGAAUAUUAAAUACGGGAUCGUCCAAUAUAUCUAUUGAUAAAUUUAUUAAUAGCGAAAAGGGAUAUCAUACAGAAAAUGAUAAAAUAAUAACUAAGGGUAAAAAAAACUCAAAAAAGAAUGUAAAUGAAAUUGAUAAGAAGAAAAACAAAAACUGGAUUCAUGAAUAUGUAAUGGAUAAAAGUGAUGAUAGAAAAUAUUCAUUUUUGGAUAAACAUGGAUCUGUUGAAAAAAACCUAAAAAAGCUGAGUAACGUGGAAUUAUCCAAUAUGAAUGAAUUAGAAAGUGAUCAGAUAAAUAACAAUAUAGAAAAAAUGAAUAGCACAAAAUUUGAUAUAUAUAAUAAUAAAGUUGUACAGAAAAAUUUUUCUCUUUUACGUAAUGGUUUAGUAAAGUUUAAUAGGAAAAGAAAUAUAUUACUUUCAGAGGAAUUAAAAAAAAAAAUUAAUUAUAUUUAUUUUGAUAAAAAUGGGAAUAUAAAACAAUCUAAAAUAAUACCCUUAUAUGUUUUAGAAAGACACAACUUAAAUAAUAUUUCAAAAUAUUUAAAAAGUGAAAAAUCAAAGAAUAAUGAGGAAAAUAAUUAUUAUCAUCAAUUAUUUACGCUUCUCAAUGAAAAACAAAAAUUAUUUCCAAAUUCUAAAGGUAAACAAUAUACGAACUUAAAUUUGUUAAGUAAUGUAAAAACCGUUGAGAGUAUCCAAGAUAUGAACAUCGGUAUAGACAACAAUCACCAUAAGCAUAAAAAAAAUCAUAAACAAAAUUUAUCAAAAAAAGAAAAGGGUAAUAAUAAUUCAAAAGUAAUAAAUAUUUUUAACUCAGAUUUGAUGAAAUCACUUGAAAAAAGAAAACUAUCUAGCUAUAAGUUAAAGGCAACUUCAAAGAGUGAGGGUAUUGAAUAUGAUAAGGGUAGCUACUAUAAUGAGCAUAAUAGUAAUACGAAUGGUGAGGCCCAAGAUAUUAUGAAAGCAAAUAAAAAAAGUACGAGAAUAUUUUACCUUAUGGAUCAUGAUGAAACAGAAGAAAAAAACGAAGAUGAAUAUGAAUGCUCUGAUUUUAUAGACGAGAAAAAAAAUAUAAAUAAAUUUCAUAGUCUUUUAUCUAAUAAUAAUGGAAAUAAUUUUUUGAUAAAAAAUAAUAAUAAAUUUUAUAUAAAUAAAUCAUAUUCAAAAAAAAAUAUAUUAUAUUCCGAAGAGUCGAGUUCCUAUGCAUCUUCAUGUAACUAUGGUUUUUUUGUUGAUGAUGCAGUAGAUAAUUCCGUUGAAGAAGAGCAUAUAGAAAGUGAUGAAAAUAGUAAAGACGAAGAAAAUAGUUCCACCAGUUUAAGUGCAAGCCCAACUAUUAAAACAGUUUGUAAGUGGAAAAAGAGUGUUUUAAGGGGGGAGAAAAAACAACAAAAAAAUAGUAAAAAUUUUGAAAAUACGAUGCAUGAAAAAAAUGGGAUGAAUUCAAUUAGACAACAAGGCGGUAAUAGCAUGAAUGAUAAAAUGGAUAGAAACGUGGGGAAAUGCUGGGUUCGAAAAAAGAGAAAAAGUUUCUAUUUUGGUGAACAAUCAAAAAGCAGUUAUGUGUUUAAUGAGGAUGUAAAUAAAGAUAAUAUUGAGACUAGCGAAAAAAAUGAUGAAAGUUUAAUGAAUCAUGAUGAUGGUUUUUAUAAAAAUUCGAAAGAGAAUGAACAAAUGAAUAAGAAGGAAAUCAAGGAAUAUCAAGACAAAGAAUCAUCGAAUACAUGGGGUAGAUGCUUAAGUAAAAAGGAUAAAAAUAAAAAAAUUGAUAUGCAAUCAAGGUGUUAUCAGACAAUACUUAGCAAGAGAAAUGAAUCAGAUAUAUUAACAAAAAAAAAACAUUUUUUUAAAUUUUAUGAUUUUAUAUCGGUAGAUUAUAUGAAAAAUCCAGAUAAUGUUGUAGGAAGUAAGAAUAAAACAAUUUUUGAUUAUAUAAAAAUGUUUUUUUUAUCUUUAAAAUGUAUUAGCCAUAUUUUUGAAAAAAUCAAAUUAUGUUAUGAUAAAAAUGGAACUAAGAAAAAAUAUUGGGAAAAUUAUAAUGACGUUUUUUAUAAAUCAGAAUGGAAAUAUAGUAUGCAAGACAAUGAAUUAGAAUAUAUUUUAAAUUACAAAAAUUUUAAAAGUUGGUAUGUUUAUUGGGUUAAAAAUAUUUUAUUUAAUUAUUUUAAAAGAACUCGGAUAUUAAUUUUACUCUUGUUAAUACUAAACGUAUUAAUAGUUUAUUUGCAAAUGCAUAUAUUUUGUUUUCUAUUCAAAAACGAGAAGAUUAAUUAUAAUGACAAUUUUAAUAUAUUACAUAGGGUUGAUACAUUUUUUAGAUUUUAUAUUGAAAAGAUGUUUGGAUCGAAAGCUCAAAUGGAUAUAACCAGUAUAGACAAUAUUGUAAAUGACGAUACUUUUAAAAAGUAUAUGUAUAUAAGAAUACCGAUACAGCUAGCUAUUAAUAUUUUACUUGUCAUUCCAUCCUUUAUAAUAAAAAACAAAAGAAAUAUAAAUAUAUUACACAUAUGUUCAAUUUUAAAUUGUUUAGUUAAUAUAUUUUUUGGAAUGCUAGAUAUAACGUAUUCGCUAAAUGAAAAAAUAUAUGAUACCCAUCAUAUAUAUAAAAUAUUAAAUCAUUUUAAUGUUUUUGAUAUAUAUUUAAUUGGGAAAAUUAUAACUAGUAUAUUUAUAAUUCCAUUUAUUACAAACUUUAGUGAAUCCAAAACAGCUAUUCCAUUUUACCAGGCUGGUAGCUAA